GGCGAGGGGCGCAUGCGCAGGGCCGCGGAGCCGCCGUCCCCGGGCGGAGAGCGCGCAUCUGCCGGGCCGGGAGCGGGAGUGGGAGCGGGCACGGCCGCCCCACGGGACCCCGCCGCCGCCGACACCGUAAGUAGCGCUCGGUCCCGCGACGGGACGGGACAGGGCGGGGGCUGCCUUGCCCCGGAGCCUGCGGUCCUCACGCCGGCAUCGCGGGGCUCCCCUCCUCACGCGUGGUAACAUCACCCCCCGCCGCCCCUCCGCGGGUCCCGACCUCCGCCGUCAUUGGCACCGCCGUCGGGCGGAGGCUGCAGGUGGUGAGAGUGAGGCGCGGCCGCAGAGACUGAAUGAGAUUAUCCCGGUACGCGCCGAUGGGAAUUGCAGUAAUUUACUAGCGACGCAACGUGCUUGGCUCGACCGCUCCGUCAUUUCAUUUCGGCUGUUGAAAAAUGCGCGAUCCGAGCGUUCCGCGCCGUGCCGCGGUGCCCCGUGCGGGUCCCGAACCCGCGGCCGCUCCGUGCGGGGCAGCGGGGCCACAGCGCCUCCCUCAGCUCGGAACAACGAAGGGUGUGUCCGAGCCAACCGCGCGCUGCAGCGGGGCGUGCGGGGUGCUCCAGGACGAGGAGCGUCCCACCUACCCCCAUCCAUCCCUGCCCUCGCUCUGGCUCUCACGUGGCGGUAGCACCGCCGCUGAGGUGCUCCCCGUGCCCCGGGGCGGAGCAGCGCUCCCGUUCCCGGCUGUUCGGGACUUCCUCGGGGCUCGGGGUCCCUCCGCGUGUCCCCGCUUCCGAAAGUCCGUCCCUCCGAAUGGCCGCCGCCUGUUGUCCCGAGCGGGCAGCGGGAAGCACCGCGAGGAUCCUUCGCGCCGGGGAGCAGCGCCGUACCCUCAUCUGUGAGAGCGUUCCGCCCGCGGAGCCGCCGCGCUUUGCAAAGGAGUCCACGGAGCGUCCGGGCUGAAGCAGCGGUGCGGGACGCCGGGUCCGGUUCUCAGAGCGGAGCGUCGGCGUCCCGUCGUAGCGCGACCCGAAGCGAAUCGCGACGCCCAUGGGAUCGGAGCGGACGGAGAUGCGCAAGCGGCAGAUGGCAGCAACCCAGGAGACCCCGGGCACGGCGCAGGCUCAGCACAGCGUGGGGAACCGCGGGCCCAACGCCUGCUGCUUCUGCUGGUGCUGCUGCUGCAGCUGCUCCUGCCUUACUGUUAGAAAUCAGGAAGAAGAGAGAGCAAGGAGAACAUCCCAUGAACUCCAAGCAGAGGGUAUCCCAAACUGUGAGGAAAGCCCCGCUCCUACUCUUGAAGAAGUGAAUGCUUGGGCUCAGUCAUUUGACAAGUUGAUGCUUACGCCAGCUGGUCGAAAUGCUUUUCGCGAAUUUCUACGAACAGAAUUCAGUGAAGAAAACAUGCUUUUCUGGAUGGCCUGUGAGGAGCUGAAACAGGAAUCCAACAAAAGCGUCAUCGAGGAAAAAGCAAGACUGAUUUAUGAAGAUUAUAUUUCUAUCCUUUCUCCAAAGGAGGUCAGCUUGGACUCCAGAGUAAGGGAAGUGAUUAACCGAAAUAUGCUGGAACCCUCACAACAUACCUUCGAUGACGCACAGCUUCAAAUCUAUACCUUAAUGCACAGAGACUCCUACCCACGGUUCAUGAACUCUGCUAUUUAUAAGGACUUGCUUCGGUCCUUGUCUGAAAAAUCCAUCGAAGCAUAGGAUUCCUUUUUUCUUAUGUGUAUUUAUUUUAAAACAAAUGGGACUCUGGGCUACCCCGAUCAGCAGGGGAUUUAGUAUUCAUUUACCUGAAACAACUCAGGCAAGUUUUACUACAGACUGAAUGCUUGGAACCCGCACAAGGCUCUGAUAUGAUCAGCUAACUACAGUUUCUGAUCAAAUGAAGUAUUACUUUGCAAAAGAGAACGAAGAACAAACAUUUCUGUUCAAAAAAAGCAGUAUUUUUACAUUGCAGCGUACAACUCGGACACAAGUCUCUUACAAUGUAUAUCUGAAGUACUGAGCAUGAAAACUAAUUUUAAGUGGACUGUCACAGUUUUCUUGAAAAUCAAACCAGUUGCUCCAUCCACACUAUGACCAAAGUAAGAACAGCUGUACCGUCACUCUCUGGGUUACACGAGACCAAGUUUCACCACUUGUAUGAAUUGUGCUCGGUGCAGGUACACCCCACUUGUCUUAUCUGAUGCGUAUACGGUGUGAUAUUGGAAAUCAGUAUGGUGAUCUCAAGUUUCUGAAAACUAAUUGUUGAAAUAAUUAAUGCUGCCUAUAAAAACCUUUUGCGGAAAAAUUGUUAUUUUACUACUGGAGUCCACUGAGAGCAUUUCUAAGUUCAUAUUGUUCAUGUUUAUAACGUUAAAUUAUUUACUUAGUAGGAAGAAGAGUCCGGGGAUUGAAAUUCUCAAAUAAAGCACAAUUCUCACAUAUUUUUAUCUUCCCUCUGUAGGUAGGAGUAAAAGGCAUCUCACUGUUUGUUCUUGAAGGAGUGGCACUAUCAGCCAUCUUGGUUGUGUACAUACUAAGUUGACUUGUUCGCUGACAGAGCUUGGAAGGCUUAGGUAACAAAUACUCAUACCUUACAUUGACAAAGAUGGAAACCAGAACUAUCUCAUUCCAUAGCACUUUUUCAGACUGUCCAAAAGAAAAGCAACAGCUUUAUCAGCUAAUAAGCUUAAGUUCAUUACACUUCACCCAAGGCAUUACACUACCCCUACUUCUAGCACCAGGAAAAGCAUGAAAAGAGCACUUUCAGGAAAAAAAAAAAAAAAGAAAUGGGAAUAGCAAAGCAGAAUUAAGAAUAUUAAUAUGUCUGCUCAGUGCACUAGGUAGGAGACAUGAUCUCCCCUAACUGCAUUUCACAUUAUCAAACAAAUAAGGAGCUUUUUCAUUGCAGGAGAAGACCUAAUACAAGGUAAGUUUACAAUAGCUGUGGACUAGUUUCUACAGUCUCCUUGCAAAACUGAAACACAAUUCAACACACCAACUUAAAAACAACAACAAAAACCCAUAAAACUAACCACCUUGAAAGACUGGAAAGCAAAGUACUUUUCUCCUCUAGUACAACACUGGAUGACCUGGAGGACCAAGUCAAGAGGAAUCCUUUCUAUCUACUACUACUGCAGACACGCUGCUGGUUCAUGUAUGAACACAGAUUCUCUCAACUGACUUUGGCACAUCCCAAAGCGCUACCAGUACAAUCUCAGUUAUAUAAAGUAUAGCAUGAUAGGCAACAAAGGAACAAGCUGGACCUCUUGGUAAGGCAGUAUUCAGGGGAGCUUGCAGUCAAACUGAGAAUGCCAUCGGUGCUGUUUUAAUCAGACUGGGUAACGCUGCUCUAAAACUCUAAGCUGACAAAGUAAGUUUAACUAGGUCAGAUUCUGCUUGCUGGAAAGAUCAGACACACACAUCAAAAAAAGUUCAAAGUGUGUCAUUUCACUGAAAUGGACUGUUUCGUUUCUUUUAAGUUAUCUCCCUUCCCUGCAAAGACACCUCAUUAAAAGCUGGAAGACAGCCGGAACGCUCAUACUUUAUAGUAGACAAUGCAUUCUAUUAUCCUGUGAAAAAAAAAAAAAAGAUAUGCUUAAAUUAAAGGGGAGAUAAAACAAUACUGGAUUGGGCAGUUCUAUGGCUAACACAAGAGUACUAAAAGAAAAAGUAGCUAUUUCUAAACUUAUUUUCCAUUUUCCACAUCCAAAUAAUUAAAAUACUCAAGGCAAUUUUCAUUUUAUUUCUGCAUUACAGCGUGCUGAUAUUUGCAAUGCUCAUCUUUCUUGGAAACCCUUAAACUUUAAUGCUGUGUUUUAAGAGUUAAGCUCACAUUCAAUACUGAUCCCUCGGUACUCUGAGAGCAUCUCAUACAAAAUAAAUCACUUCUCCCUUAAACAACAUUAUUUUGAGGCUGUUCAAUGCUGGAUUUAAUUGAAGGAAAAAGAAGAAGGAAAAGCAAAACAAAACUCACACAGAAGACAAGUUUUUAACUACACUUCAUAUGAUGUACUUGCUAAUUAUGCAAAUCUUUUCCAUGGCAAAUGUGAAUUAUAUAGAAAAGUUACUAUAAGCAAGAUGUUAUAGAAAUAAGAAACCAAUGAUAUUGACACAAGAUAUUAUUUAUAAUUCAUAAAGUAUAAAAUUACCACAAAGCCAACUUAUCCUAGCUUGAAAAGAAGCAUGGGUGGUUUGCCUUGGCCUUUAUUUAACCACAGGAUAUCAUUAAGCUAUAACAAGUUUCCAGUCCACUGGUAUUUUCUUCAGUGUCUGCACUUUACAAGCCAAUAACUCUCACAGAACAUGCAUACUGUUAAAGACUGCUCUUUCCAAGAGCCUGCUAAGUAGUAUUAAAAUUGUAUGGCCUCCUUCAGCCAACACAUUGUGCUUUAUACUGACCUUUAAAUUCCAAAGUAAUUAGUACAGUACAAAUCGAGGGAAAAAAAAACAUCUAAACAUACACAGGCUGAAAGGUUCUACUAUAUAAAUUAAAAUUGAUCAGAGAAACACUAUGCAUGCUUCCUGAUUAAUAACAGCUGAAACAGAAAAUGUGAUCUGAGUCCACCUCAAUGUAAUCUAACGUAUGUGAUCACAAGGGGAAUCCAGAACUCUGAAUUCAAAAAAAUAGGCACUUCUUGACAAUACCUGGGAAAUGCAAUGCCGCUUCAAAGUGGGAUUCACAAAAGCCUAGGUCACUGAGCAGCUGUUUACCUUCUGUUUAGUGCAAGUCAAAAAGACAGUCAGGACAACACCAUUUAAAAAUCAAAUGUUCUCCUGUGAAAGUUAACAGAAUUAUGUAUGAGGAAAUGGCUUUGAGCUAAUGAUCCCGAAGCCUUCAGUAUCUUCUGAGCAGCAGUGUCUCUCAAGAAACAUGGCACUUAAUCCCACUCCAACGCUAUGAGGAAUAUGGCCUCCUCUUCUUUGCUAAUGGACUAAUGGAAAAACUUCAGCUUAUGCAGUGGGACAACUACAUUCCAGACUCUUCUUUGUUGAAAAGACGUGCACGAAAAGCUCACUGCUCAGCACUUCUGUUUUCGGAUCUGGAUAACCAGAAUGAAGCGUAACUAGAAUUUAGGCACCUGUGCUGUUUGAAGUCCAUUUCUUGGACUUCACUCUUCUGCUGUGACAGCUCUUCAUUCUGAAGUCAGAGGAGUGAAAAGUUGAGGCUGCUACCACAGCCACAAGGCUGGAGCAGGCCCAAAGAAGGGCAACAAGGGCUUGGAGAAUAUGCCCUACAAGGAGAGACUGAAGGAACUGGAGCUGUUUAGUGUGGGGAAAAGGAGGCUGAGGGGAGACCUUAUUGCUCUCUUCAAAUACUUGAAAGGUGAUUGCAGCGAGAGUGGGGCUGGUCUCUUCUCACUGGUAACAGGUGACAGGACAAGGGGAAAUGGCCUCAAGUUGCACCGGGGUAAGUUUGGAUAUCAGGAAACACUUCUUUACAGAAAGGGUUGUUAAGCGCUGGAAUAGGCUCCCCAGGGAGGUGGUUGAGUCACCAUCACUGAACGUGUUUAAAAACCAUUUGGAUGUGGUGCUCGGGGACAUGAUUUAGCAGAGGGUUGUUAGAGUUAGGGUAGUAUGGUUAGGUUGCGGUUGGACUUGAUGAUCUUUAUUAUAAGGUCUUUUCCAACCUGAGCAAUUCUAUGAUUCUACGAUAUAUCUACAACGGAGAAAGCACUACCACAGUUGUAGCUCUUUUAAUGAUUUUCUUAUAUGCGACAGUCAGGCACAAAGAUUAAAGAACAAACAGCAUUAGGAAGGUUGCAUAAGCCAACAUUGCCUGUCCUGUAUGUGUUUUGAACAGCAAUGGAAAUUUAGGGCUACUUGUCAUCCAAUCUGCGAUCAUGUUUAACAUAAUUUUUUUUGCCUCAUUCCUCUAGAAAUGCACUCAAACACAGCACUCUCCUCGAUAGCAAACGUCUGUAAUUAGUUUGCUGCUGUCUAAAGCAAAUUAAAUGAAAAAUCAAUUAUGAACCUGUGAAUAAUUUCUAAGAAGCAAUUCUGCCAAAGGACUCACACGUAGGCAAAAAACAUAUCAAAUAUAUCUAUUCUUCUACUAGAAAAAGGAAUACUUUCUGAAUUUCAGCCAUACUAUCAAGUAAGUUGAAUUUAAAAUGUUUUUAUGCAAAGUUAUGCAAGAAACCUCGAAAUGCUGAGCUAUUUUGUGCCUAAAAAGUGUUUAGAUAUGUAACUCAGCUUCUUUGAUUUAAGCAUUUUUCCUUCCACCUUAAAAGCCACUUUUUUUCUAUGUGUAAUAAAAUAAAAUACAUUAUGGGAAUGCAUAUUUCAGCCUUAAAAAAAAUGCAGUAGACGAUUCACAUAGUUAGGGAAAAAAAAAAACCAAGCAAAUUAUCAAAAUAUUUCAUUGGUAAAAGUUUAAUUUCAACUUACUUACAAAAAUGAAAAAAUAUUUUAACAUUCACCAUACAAUUGAGCAACCUGGCCCUACUGACUAUCAGCUAUAGGAAGGUAUUUAAGGAAAUGAUGGUUGUGUCAAAAUGAAGGCUAACUUCAGGCAUGUAUGCUGCUUAAAAAAAAGAAAAGAAAAAAAAGAAAAGAAAAAAAAAGAAGGAAAAAGAAAACCAAAUAA